GUUUAUCGUGUAAUUACCAGCGUAUUACGUUACUUUAGUCGCCAUUUGUUACCCGGAACACCUGGAUUUUCACUUUUCGGGUGAGAGGGAUGGAUGUUCCUCACCUCACCGAGGAUGAGAUGGCAGAGAUUAAAAAAGACGUCCUGACCAGGAUGCGUCACUACCUCUGUGAGAGGAUCCGAGCCGAUCGCCACCUGGACUACCUGCGCUCCCGCCGGAUCCUGACGCGGGACGACGCCGAGGAGAUCAGCUGCAGGACCACGCAGACCAAGAGGACGGCCGUGCUGCUGGACAUCCUGGCCGAGAACCCCCGCGGCCUGGACGCCCUCAUCGACUCCAUACGGGAGCUGCGCUCGCAGAACUUUAUCAUCACCAAGAUCACAGACGAGGUGCAAAGGACCAAGAACGAGAAGAUGGAGUCUCUGAGAGCUGCUGCUUCCAGCUCCCCAUCCGACAGCAACCUGAGCACUCUGACUACAACCACUGACCUCCUCUCAACGUUCUCCAACAACUCUACCCUGCUGUUCCACCCGGACGGGGAGCGCAGCCCCUCCUCCUCCGACGCCGCCGCCUCGCUCAGCAUGGCGUCGCUACAGAAGCCGCCGUCCCCGGCCGACGCCAGCGUCUGCGCCGUCUCCUCCACCGCUUCCUGCAGCCUGCCCAAGCCCGGCGACCCCGGGGCCCCGCCGCUGCCCGACGAGCUGGGGGCCGACGCCCCCUCCAACAUGGACGCGGCCGCGCAGGGAUGCGCCAGCGCCGGGGGGGACUCGAACUUCCAGCCCCUGCGGUCGCGCUCGCUCGCCCCGACCUCUCACAGGAGCAUCUUCUAACUCGACAUCCUCCCGGGACAGUUCUACUACAGCAGAGCGUGUGGAGACAUUAUGGGAUGAAGUAAUUCUAAUGGUUCCAGCCUGUUGUUCUAGUUCUGGUGUCGCCUGUGAUGCUGUAAUGUGUGUUUUCAAACUGGUUGACGUGUGAAUGUGCAAAUGUAUAAGAACCGUGCUUAAAUAAAAUGGCACCUACAGUGAA